AACAACAACACCAGCUCCUGUGCUGCCAGGCUGCUGCUGCUGCGUGUUUACUGUUUACUGACUGUUUACUGUGUGUUUAUACGUUCAAAUAACAACGAGAAGAAGACCUAACAGGUGCAACUACUUCUUUGCAUUUGCAGGUGUUGCAGGAGAUGAUGGAGGAGCAGCCAGAACUCAGUUUGAGGAAGCGGAACUACAGUGCGGAGAGUUUCAGGCUGCACAUGGUGACGUGGAACGUGGCCACAGCUGAUCCUCCAGAUGACCUGACGUUGCUUCUCCAUCUGAACUCCCCGAAGAGACCCGACCUCUACGUCAUCGGUUUGCAGGAGGUUUACUCAGGACCGCUGAGGUUCGUGUCGGACAGCGUGUUCGAUGACCGGUGGAGUAAACUGCUCAUGGACACCUUGGCACCACGGAGAUACGUUAAGGUGUCGUCCAUCAGAAUGCAGGGUCUUCUGCUGCUCUUCUUCUCCAAACUGGACCACGUCUCCUUCAUCAGAGACAUCCAGGCCAAAUACACAAGGACAGGCAUCUUCGGUUACUGGGGUAACAAAGGCGGCGUGUCUGUCAGUCUGUCUUUCUACGGCCACAUGCUCUGUUUCCUCAACUGUCACUUGGCGGCUCAUAUGAACUACGCCUCGGAGAGAGUGGACGAGUUCGAGUACAUCAUGGACACGCAGACCUUCGACUGUAAAAAGGCUCCGAGGAUUGUUGACCACCGGCUGGUGUUCUGGUUCGGAGAUCUCAACUUCCGUAUCCAGGACCACGGCAUGCACUUCGUCCGCUCCUGCAUCAACAAUCAAACCUACAACCUUCUGUGGAGCAAAGACCAGUUGACGAUGAUGAAGAAGAAAGAGCAGGUCCUCCAGGAGUUUGAUGAAGGGCCUCUGGACUUUCCUCCAACGUACAAGUUUGACCGAAACUCCGAUACUUAUGACAGCAGGCUCUACAGGACAUGGUUUGGCUUUAACGGUAAGAAGCGUAAACCGGCCUGGACCGACAGGAUUCUGUGGCGUCUCCGACCCAGAGCCACGGCCCCCGACGAGGAAGCUGAAAACAGGGCCGGACAGGAGGUGAGGGAGGUCGGGUGUGUCGACGAGGACGAGGAUGAGGAUGAGGAUGAGGAGUAUCCGCUGAGGAUCAGGCAGGACGUGUACACCAGCAACAUGGAGUACAGCAUCAGUGACCACAAGCCCGUCAUCAGCGUCUUCACACUGGAGCUGAGGAAGAAGUACGACGCUCCUCUGGUGCGUCUGCAGCCGGAGGGCGACUGGAGCGCCGACAUCGACGCCAUGGUCCUCUACAGCCCUCUGCAGCCGUUCCCCUCCAGCGCCUGGGACUGGAUCGGACUCUACAAGGUUGGGUUCUCCAGUGUGUCCGACUACAUCACCUACACGUGGGUCAAAGACGACGAGGUGGCCUUAAAUGAAGAAGUCAUUCAGGUGUAUGUGAGUAAAGAGGAAAUCCCAGUGCGUGGAGGAGAGUGUGUGCUGUGCUACUUCAGUAACGCUCUGCAGUGCAUCAUUGGAAUCAGUGAAACAUUCAAGGUCCAGGAGUCAAAGGUCGCCAGUGAGGAAGGUUUGAUCCCCGAGAAGAUCAACGGACCCGACAAAACGGUAUCGAGAGACGACCUCUGGGACUGAUCUGAUCAGCGUGGUACGAUCUUUAGAAAUGGAUCUAUUAGAGCCUGGAUUGUCUGAACCACAACGAGGCUUUUCAUCACUGUGUUUUUCUAACUGGCCACCAAAGGAGAAAGAUUAGGAAGCUCUGCCUGUCCUCGCUGUUACACUUCUUCUCUGACCUCUUUAUUACUGCCACUGUGGCUGUUAAGGUACUACACUUUUUUAUGAAUGCUCUCUCUAGGGACAGAUUUUCUCUACAUACAUGAUACAUGAUCUUAAUGUAUCAUGGAAACUUUGAGCAAUCCUUCAUCAACUGACUGAAAACCUGAGAAGAAGUUUCCCUAGAAUGGAGUGCCAGCUUUGUGUCCCGGCCUAAAGCAUUAUAAAACGACCAACUCUAUGUUUCAAGCCCAAAAGGGGAGGAAAUGUAGGACUAAAUAAAUGACCCAGUAAAAAUCUAAAUAUAAAAUGGCCAAAAACGCCACCCAGGUCAAACAGCCUGGGGCUCUAGUUUGUUUGGGUUCUUUAAAAAUCGUUGGAAGACAACAUGAGGCUCCAAGGAUUUGGCUCAGUCGCCUGUCUAGGGAUUAUUCAGCAAUGUUCUGAGUUUGAAGGAGUCAAAGGGAGGAGUGAGCUCUAAAAUAUACAACUGGUUAAAUUGUAGAUCCUUAAAACAGGCAAUAAAUAAAAGCAUAUCCUCAAAAACAAAUGUUUAAAAUCGCUAAAAACAGGCACAGACAGCAGAGCAAGGUAGAAACAAUCGUCAACCUCCGAUUCUGAAAAAGUUAAGCCAAUGCAUUCUCUUCCUGACCAGCAGGGGGCGACUCCUCUGGUUGUAUAGAAGUCUAUGAGAAAAUGACUCUACUUCUCUCUUGAUUUAUUCCCUCAGUAAACAUUGUAAACAUGAGUUUAUGGUCCCAAUUUCAAGUCUUCUUCUUCCUAAUGAUCAGUCAGUUGAUGAAAAGAAGCUCUCCUUUAGAGAAAACCUCCAUGUUUUAAUGCUGAACUUCACGCUCUCACAGCUGCUUUGGUGCAGCUGAAAGGAAAAGUAGAGAUUUUGAAUAUUUAUCUACAACCUGACGGCCACAUUUAUGAAAAGAAAAAAGGGAAUUGCAAAUUGAACAAAGCUCAUAGGACAUUUUUUUUUUGCUUCCACGUCAAUUUGUUGACAUUUUUCAGCAAAAUAAGCAAAUCAAUGACCAGUAAUUUGUGAGUUAAAGACAAUAUGAUGCUGGAACAGACGCUUACAUAUUUAUAUUUAUAGUAUAUUUUCUUUAUGUUCACUUCAGUCUGAUUUAAAGGGCUAGUGUGCAGCAUUUAUUAGUGUUUAAUCACCAGAAACUAACGCUUAGAAUGAAUCCUUCAUAUCUACAGAAGCCCAGAAUGGACAAACCAAACACCAGCUCUAGAGAGAGACUUUCACAUAUUUAUGACACCUGACGGCCACCGUAGUUAUCCGACAAACUGCUGUAACGUGGGGCUUAGAGUGUAAAACUGGUACUGUUAUUAUAGGAUGGCGUUACCACGGUUUUGCACUCACAUUACGUCAUACUUGGAAAAAGAGUAUGUGUAUAUAUAAGUGUAUUAAAGGGGUGUUUAGUUGGUUGCAAUCUGCAGCCUCAACAUUUGAUGUCCCCAAAAUCCUACACACUGUCCCUUUAAAGUUUUAAAAUAAUGUGCUUUAUUAGGAUAUAAUCAGAGAUUCAAACUUUUUAGGGGAACAAUAGUCUCAAAGAGGAUUCAAAUUUAGUCAAUAUACAUUCAACACAUGUCACCUGAAACCCUGUUAAAGCUCGUAGGAAUAUUUAACAUCUGGUGGUUCAGUCACAUGACAAAGGAUGAAGUUAGACAAAUCAUAUUUUAUUUAAAACACAUUUGUUUUAUGCAGUUUUUGGAGAAAUGUUAGAGUAAUUUAAUGCUGCAUUUUGGAGACUAUUCAGCCCAAAUUCAUUGUGUUUGAUGGUUCUGCAAGAUAAGAAAUAGAAUAAAACCCCUCAAGGCAGAAAUAAAGAGAUUCAAAUUUGAUUGUUUAUUGAACUAAGAAGUUCCUUUCAACUUUAUUAUUUAAAAAAAAUAUAUAUUAUUGGCUAAAAAGUAUUUUUUCUAUUUAGAAAUAUGCAGAUAAAUACUAGUCCUACAGUUCACAGUCCUGAAAGCGUCGCUGUUUAAUCUCUUCUGGGUUUUAGAUGUUUUACAUGUUAUUUUUAAAUAUAUUCAUAGUGUUCACAGGAUAUCUCUCCUUAUUGUGAUGAAUGGGCUGCUGUAGGAAGAUAAGAGAAGAUGUCUUAGUUUGUUUUUUCUCCUUAAAGUAUUUGAAUUAACUCCAGUAGUUCCUGGAGGACUUGUCACAAAUUUAAUAUUUAAUAUAAAUGUUACGUUAUUUUGUGGAGCAGAUUAUUUGUGGCUCAUUUUUAGCUUGCAGUUGUUACAAAAACAAUAUAUUAUUCAUUCCCUUUUUAAUACCCAACGUGGAAUCUUAGCGAAUCGGAGAACAUAAAGAGAUGUUGCACUGUUUAUUGUUAAUGCGCUCGUAUUUAUAGGUGGUCAUUUUAUUGUUUGUGCGCUCUGAAGGAAUAUACAUGUUUUGUUUUCCGAAAAUAGAUAUGGAUUCACAGCAAGUGCCUUUUGAAAUGAUUGUUGCUUUAGUGUACUGUACGCCGCUGCUCAAGUUUGAUACGAUAUGUAUCUUUAAUAUUCAUCAGAUUAUUUAUCAUAACACGGAGUGAUUUUUAUGACCUCUUCUUGCUCCUCUAGAUUAUAAACAUCGAAUGUUAUUGUUGUUGGCUUGCUGGAAUAAAUUUUUAGCCAAUUUAUGUUGGUUUUUUUUUUUAAACUUAAAAGUAAACUAUUUUUCUGAAAUAGAAAUGAAAUGUUGUAAUGCUCUGUAAGAGAAUACCAACAACUGUAUAGCUUUGCAAAUGCAAAUAUUAAA